UGCUCUCAUCAAAACCCAUUUCUGGUCAUCCUGGUGACCUCACACCCCUCAGAUGUGAAAGCCAGACAGGCCAUUAGAGUUACUUGGGGUGAAAAGAAGUCUUGGUGGGGAUAUGAGGUUCUUACAUUUUUCUUAUUAGGCCAGCAGGCUGAAAGGGAAGACAAAGUGUUAGCGUUAUCCUUAGAGGAUGAACACCUCCUCUAUGGCGACAUAAUACGACAAGAUUUUUUAGACACGUACAAUAACCUGACCUUAAAAACAAUUAUGGCGUUUAGGUGGGUAACUGAGUUUUGCCCCAACGCCAGGUACAUCAUGAAGACAGACACUGAUGUUUUCAUCAAUACUGGCAAUUUAGUGAAGUAUCUUUUAAAUUUAAACCACUCAGAGGAGUUUUUCACAGGUUAUCCUCUAAUUGAUAAUUAUUCCUAUAGAGGAUUUUACCAAAAACCCCAUAUUUCAUACCAGGGGUAUCCCUUCAAGGUGUUUCCUCCCUACUGCGGUGGGUUGGGUUAUAUAAUAUCCAGAAAUUUGGUGCCAAGAAUCUAUGAAAUGAUGAGUCACGUAAAACCCAUCAAGUUUGAAGAUGUUUAUGUUGGGAUCUGUUUGAAUUUAUUAAAAGUGGACAUUCAUAUUCCAGAAGACACCAACCUUUUCUUUUUAUAUAGGAUCCAUUUGAAUGUCUGUCAACUCAGAUGCAUGAUUGCAGCCCAUGGCUUUUCUUCCAAGGAAAUUAUCACGUUUUGGCAGGCUAUGCUAAGGAACACCACCUGCCAUUUUUUCCCCUUAUAUCAUUACUUCACUAAUGAGUUUAUUAUGAAUAACUCCAUUAAUGUGUAG